AUGAAGAAAGGUGUGAAGGGAGACAUUGGCCUCGCAGGGCCGGCUGGUCGUCCAGGCUUCACUGGGAGGAGAGGAGACGAAGGGAAGCCAGGUGCGCCUGGUGACGCCGGCCCAGAGGGUGACAGUUACUCAGGAUUCCCCGGUGAGAGAGGGUAUCCAGGUCCUGACGGGCCAAAGGGGCUUGCUGGACCCGUCGGCCCCCCAGGACCUGAUGUGAUUGGGGCAGUUGGGGAACGGGGACUCCCAGGCGACCAGGGACCUCCAGGAUACAGGGGAUCUCCUGGGCUCAAAGGAGUCAUGGGUGACACCCUACCCUGCAUACCCAGUAACCCUGGUGCCCCAGGACAGAAAGGCGAUUCCGGAUGCCCAGGGCUGAACGGAGAGUCAGGACCCCCAGGGUAUCUUGGAGCUUUGGGCCCGGACGGGGUGAAGGGAGAGAAAGGAGACUUUGGGCUGUCUGGCCCACCUGGACCCAUAGGCUCAGUGGGGUGUGUUGGAGACUCUGGAGAGGCUGGUGCUGAGGGUCUGAGCUACGACGGCGCUGCCGGCUCUCCUGGCUUCCGAGGGUCUCCAGGACUGAAGGGCCCAUUUGGGGACUCUGUCCCUGGUGCUCCAGGACCUAUGGGCCUCAAGGGUGUAGUGGGGCUGUCGGGGCCCAAAGGAGUGCCAGGUCCACCCGGUCCAAUCGGAUUAACAGGUGCUGCGGGGCUUCCUGGUACACCGGGAAGGAAGGGGGAGCAGGGAGAGAGUGGUGCCACAGGCAGAUAUGGGGCCCCAGGGCUCACCCCUGAACAGUGUGAAAAGGGGCCCCCAGGCCUUCAAGGAUCCAUGGGACUAAUAGGGGACAUAGGCCCUCCAGGUUACGCAGGCGAGAAGGGUGAUAACGGAGAGGAGGGUCUGUCCGGCACGGGUCCUAAAGGAGCUGCAGGGAAACCGGGCUCUCCAGGGUUUCCUGGGUACCGUGGAGCCCAGGGCCCCAUGGGGACAUUAGGGGACCCUGGCAUACCCGGGGCCCAAGGGCAGAAAGGUAUAAUAGGGGUACCUGGUAGGGAUGGGACAGUGGGUGGUCCAGGGAGGAGUGGAGCACUAGGACCCCUGGGAAGGAAAGGAGAGAGGGGCUUCGACGGUCAACGAGGCUUACCAGGAGAUGAGGGCCUCAAAGGAGAAAAGGGUAGAAAAGGUGCCCCCGGAGUCGCAGGAGUCACCAACUUCAUUCCUAUCAAAGGACGAACAGGGGCUCCUGGACCCCCAGGUCUGGAUGGCUUCACUGGUCCAAGAGGUGACAAGGGUCCUGCGGGAGGCAGGGGUCAACCAGGGUACCCAGGGCUUUUGGGGGGGCCUGGCAUAGAGGCGUCUCAAGGACCACCUGGUACACCUGGACACUCAGGUGAACCUGGACUACCUGGCCUGCCUGGCCAGAGGGGUAUCAUAGGUUUCCCUGGAGAGAUUGGUGAUCAGGGUGAAUCUGGGUGUACUGGAUCUCCUGGCACACCUGGCUUCCCAGGGUACAGUGGUCUUAAAGGUGAACAGGGCGACUCCAUUGGCAUCCCUGGACCGGCUGGUGAUAGAGGAGCUACAGGAGACACUGGAGCAUUUGCCCCACAGGGUGACCAAGGUGAUGUAGGUGAACCAGGAUUUUCAGGAGCUCCAGGACCUAAAGGGUUAACUGGUCCGCAAGGAUCCAUCGGACCUCCAGGGCCUGCUGGUGUGAUCGGACCCCCAGGCCCAAGUGGUAAACCUGGGGCUGAUGGUCUCCCAGGGACCCCUGGACAAACUGGGCCCAAGGGAGAUCAAGGACCCCUUGGACUCAAAGGUCCACCUGGACCACUGGGUUUGCAUGGACUGGACGGACUGAAGGGUGUGAAGGGCGAGGUUGGGGCCAGAGGCCCAGGUGUGCCCGGUCCCUCUGGUGUUCCAGGCUGUAAAGGAGAGAAAGGUUCCAGAGGGUGUCAAGGGCCUCAGGGGCCCUCUCAGCCAGGACCUCUGGGCCCCAAGGGCCAGUCUGGACUAACAGGAAGCCCAGGAGACACAGGUGCCUCCGGUCUACCAGGCAUGGACUGUAAGGAGUCCAUGCCCGGCCACUGUGGGGAGUCAGGCUUCCCUGGACGCGACGGACCACCAGGUUCACCAGGUGACAUUGGGUACUCCGGCCCUGCCCUGCCCAUGACCGGUGAAGAAGGGGACAACGGUGUCCCCGGCUUACCAGGGCUCAAAGGGGACAUGGGGGCUUCAGGCCCCCCCGGGCUGCCUGGCAUCGCAGGGUUACCUGGGCCUAAAGGUAACAGGACAGACCUGGAUUGUGUUCAUAAGGCACUUAAUCGGAGGAAAGUGUAUUGA